UAAAUGUAGAUCCGGAUAUCAUAGAUCUUUCUCCAGGAAAGUCCUUGGCCCUAGCUUCCAAUUGGAAACCCAAGCUCGUAUUUUUGGAAAUCGGCAGCAUAUUAUUGGAUCACGCUUACUUCUAACAACAUUUACGGAUUGAACCUCAUCUUUUUCUUUCUGACGGCCAGGCCGUUCAGCCGGUCAGAUUCAAGUAAAUAAAUCAUUAAGGUCCUUGAGGAUAGUCAUUAUUAUUGCUAUAGAUACCCGGCAUAAUUCAUACAUACUUACCUCCUAUUUACUUAUUCGUUCACUAUCACUAUCACCAUCACUAUCCCUUUAUCCAUAUUUAUUCAUAAUCCUUAUCGAGUCACACAAUGAACCGCGCAGCGGUGAAGCAGCUCAACCUGCUUCGUGGUCCUGUGAGCGUAGCAUCACGGCGAAUGACAAACAGAUGGCGGCCUGGUUUAGUCGAGACGAAGCAGUCCAGAUUUAAACAAGUAAUAGCACGCCCAUCAUUUCUGCUGCAUACACGAUAUUUCAGCACGGCACCAUCGAGCUCAGAGGAUAAUGAAGAUGCACAAUCAGGCACAUAUAGUGAAGCCGAUCAUGAGCACGCCGUUAUAUCGACAUUUGAUCUCUUCUCGAUCGGCAUUGGUCCUUCAUCGUCCCAUACGGUUGGACCAAUGCGCGCUGGCGGUAUCUUUGUUGCUGAUCUAGCCGAGGCCGACUUGCUUAACAAAGUACAUAAGAUACGCAUCUCAAUCUAUGGUAGUCUUGCGCUCACGGGAGAGGGCCACAUGACACCAUCCGCACUACUACUAGGCCUUGAGAGUGCAGACGUAGAGACUGUUGACACGGCCUAUGUACCUACUCGCUUUAAGCAGAUCAAGGAAGGCAAGAAGUUAUUCUUGGGUCAUGGUCUAGCAGAGGGUAAAGGUAAAGAAAUCGACUUUGAUUAUGAGCGCGACUUCAAGUGGGAAUGGGGAAAGAAAUUACCCCUGCAUAGCAACGGAAUGCGCUUUAUGGUAUUCGAUGAUCAAGGAAUGCUUCUGGCAACCAACGACUUCUUUAGCGUUGGCGGUGGUUUCGUCGUCAACGGUGCACUUUCGACAGCGUCCACUGCCGCGGCGGCAAGUGAAGUUGCGGAUCAGGCUUUGGCUGAUACCAAAGACCUUCAAACGGAAAAUACUAGCGGGCACCCGGCUGACUUGGCGGAGAAUUUAUUUUAUAAAGAGAUUAAACGAGCAAAUGCGGCGGGAGACCGCAGAACCGGCUCCGAGAUCAAAGUACUCGAUGGCGACUCUGCUGACGAGUCGAAGGCCGUUACUAGCCCAGAGGCGACCCCUAAAAGCUCUCCCGUCUCAUCUACAGCAUCAGGAUCUGAAGCCGUUGGGACUGAGCCCACCUCGCAACAACCUCGCUAUCCAUUCCGUGACGCUAGAAGUCUACUAGCACUGUGCAAUAAGCACAAUCUUACUAUUGCGCAAUUAGUGUACGAGAACGAGAAAAGUCACGGGUACACGGACGACGAAAUCUAUAAGAAGAUUAUGAGCAUAUGGGAAGUCAUGGAUAACAGUAUACUAGAAGGGGUUCAGGCACCCACCGAUGCCACACUACCGGGCUCGCUCAAGCUACAUAGACGGGCGCCGGGGUUAUAUAAACGACUGACAAGGGGCCUCUAUCCUUCUCAUACCCAAACUCCUAGCACAGCCGACCGGCCAGCUCAGUUGUCUUCCCCAAUUAGCGACAAUAGCAAGGUAUCAUCCACAGCUACGAGUAUAUCCGUGUCCUCGAAACCAAAAACGCAAGCACUAGGAAGCAUUGUCAAAAAAGGCCCUAAGCGCAUGGUUGGUUCCAUCUAUCAUCCCGUCAUGCCGUCGCCUCCACGUCGUACCACAUUUCCUGCUAUGGACUAUUUAACCGUCUAUGCAAUUGCGGUCAACGAGACUAAUGCAGCCGGGGGCCGGAUCGUGACAGCACCCACUAAUGGUGCUGCGGGUAUUAUCCCGGCCGUGCUCAAGUACACGGUCGAGUUCAUUAGCGAUGAUCCAGAGCGCGACGUCCUCACUUUCCUCCUGACAGCAGCGGCAAUUGGUAUGCUGUAUAAGCGUGGUGCUACUAUCUCGGCGGCCGAGGGAGGCUGCAUGGCUGAGGUCGGCGUGGCCUGCUCGAUGGCAGCUGGGGCCUUCGCGGCUUGUAUGGGUGCUAGCCCUGAGACGAUCGAACAAGCAGCUGAGAUCGGUAUCGAGCAUAAUCUUGGUUUGACAUGCGAUCCCAUCGGCGGGUUAGUUCAAGCUCCAUGCAUCGAGCGCAAUGCUCUGGGCGCUAUCAAAGCCAUCUCAAGCGCGAACCUAGCCCUCAGCAGCGAAGCUAGCGCGUCAAAGGUUAGGCUCGACGAUGCUAUCCGUGCCAUGCGUGUCACUGCCCAAGGGAUGCGAAACGAGUUCAAAGAGACAAGUCUCAGCGGAUUAGCUACGAGUGUACCACUUAACAUUCCUGUCAGUGUACCCGACUGCUAACGCACACUCGUCGCUGUCGCUAUUUAGUUAGGUAUAUACGGCGUAACUAGGUCGCUAAGGAGUAUCGGUUAUAUUGGUUUCUUUUGUACCAUCGUUAUUCGCGAUUAAAUAUUUCACGUCGUGUCUGCGCAAUAAAAGGGAAAACCUAAUCGGGAGCAAGCGGGCUUAGAGAAUUUAGAUAGAACAUUCGUCCUUGAAAGCAAUAGACGUAAUGAUUUAGAUUUAAUAGAAGGCAACUGGUUUUGUUAA